UGUUGCCCGUAGCCCACUAAUUAGAGGCAGCGAUAGCUGUCAACAUGGCAAACGCGUACAAACCAAAAAGGUUGAUUAGUCUAAUCUAAUCCACAUACUAAUCCGCCAUUUUUAGAAUUAUUAAGCAGCAGCAGCAGCAGCAGCAGCAGCAGCAUCAAUACCAAUUCUUCGCCACUACCAGAUCCGUGUUUUCUGAAACUCUGCUCUUCAUUUUCACAAUUUUCCUUCUUUUGACUUUUCUCUGACUUUGUCGCUGUUGUUGUUGUCUCUCUGUGCAAUGGUGAAUUCCUCAAUCAUUCCCGCUUUUUCUUUCCUCUCUCUUCUUCCCCUUCUCCUGCUUUUCUUAGAAGUUUCCUCGUCUUUUACACCCACCGAUCAUCACCUAAUCAACUGCGGGUCAUCCGCCCCUUCCACCAUCGAUGCCGACCACCGCAAGUUCUUCGGCGACGAGUCGUCGCUUCCUCACUCGGUUCGCCUAUCGGCUUCUCAGACGAUUCCACUCACUGAUUUAGAGUUCAAACUAUCUGGGGAUGUCUCCCCUCUUUACAACUCGGUCAGAAUCUUCAGAAAACCCUCGAAAUACACGUUUCGGGUCAAAGAGAAAGGUGCUCAUUUGGUACGUCUUCAUUUUCACCGUUUUGAUUCCUCGAAUUUCGAUCUUUCAGAUGCUCAAUUUCAUGUUUUAGCUGAUGGGUAUUUGUUGUUGAAUGAAUUUAGUGGGUUGACCAUGAAAUCGCUUGAAAUUAGAGAGUAUAUUUUGUGGGUUGAUAGUGAUAAACUUGAACUUUCUUUUAAACCUUUGAAGAAAUUCAAUUUUGGUUUUGUCAAUGCAAUUGAAGUUAUUUCUGCGCCUAGGGAUUUGAUUUUGGACAGUGCCCAAUUUGUAGAUUCUAAUGGGGUGAUUAAAAUUGAUGGAAUUUCUAGAAGUGCAUUUGAAACUAUGUUUAGGGUUAAUGUUGGAGGGGCUAAAGUGACCCCUUUUAAUGAUUCUUUGUGGAGAACAUGGACUACUGAUGAUGGAUAUUUAGAAUCAGAUCAUGGGUCUAAAGAAGCUCAUUUUGGUGGUAAAAUUAAGUACCAAUUGGGAGGAGCAAGCCGAGAAGUUGCCCCUGAUAAUGUGUACAACAGUGCGAGAGUGGUUAGUGCUUCGAGUUCUGGUGUUGCGAAAGAGUAUUUGACAUGGGGUUUUCCGAUUGUUGAUGGGUACAAGUAUCUUGUGAGGACCCAUUUCUGUGAUAUUGCUAGUCCUGUGCUCGGAUCAUUGUAUUUCAAUGUGUAUGUUAAUGGGGAUAUGAGUAUCGAAAAUUUGGAUCUAUCAACGAUUACAAACAGUUUAGCUUCCCCUUACUAUGCUGAUUUCGUGGUGAAUGGAGAAAAUGGGGUAAUUACAGUUAGUAUCGGGCAUUCAAAAGGGAGCUCAUCUUCAGGGGUUGAUGCAUUAUUGAAUGGAAUAGAAGUCUUCAAAAUGAGCAACUCAAUGAAUAGCCUUGAUGGAAUGGUGUCUGCAAAGUCAAUCCUGAGAAGAUGUAGAGGAGGAAACAGUAGUUUUUUGGUACUUGUUGUUGCUGCAGUUGGGCUGUUGGUUGCUGCAUCUGUUGUCUUGCGGAAAAGAUUAAUGGCUGCUAGUGAUUCUGUGGCAUGGUCUCCUUUGCCUGUGGAUAUUUCUGAAGUUAGUUUGAAGUCGACAUAUUUGUAGUACGUUUUGCAAGUUGGGUCCUUUUGGAGGUGAAUGUAUGUAUGUAUGUUGCAAAAUUGCAAAUCCUAGUCUUGUUUGAAGGUCGAAUAUGGGCAUCGGAGAACUUUGGUUCAGAGACUUCAGACAAUGCUAGAUGUGAAAUGGACUGAUUCCCUUUCAGUUAUGUAAGUAUAACUUUUACGGAGUACUUGUGAAUGACUUCCGAUUAUAGAUAUUUAUUUUGUUGUUGAUAUAAUGUUAACAUUCUUUCUAAGGUUAGUGAUCCUGUUGUUUGAUUGUUAUAUAUGGUGAAGGCAUACGAAUGAAAACCAACUGUAAUGGAUAUGUGCGUAGAAUAAUUUUCUGGUUUGAAUGGUGUCAUAUAUUAAUGAGUAAUUUUUCCUCCC